AUGUCAACUUCAGUUAAACCUAGGGCGCCAAAUGUCAAUGUAAAAGAAAAGAAUCGCUAUUUCCAGCGCUCUGCUAAAAAAGAAAAGUUGCUGAAGAUGUACAAUUCAAGUGGAAAAUUAUCCCAUGAAAAGCCAGAUGCCAGAAUCGCUCCAGACAGAAAGUGGUUCGGUAACACACGAACAAUUACACAGGAAGAACUCGCACAGUUCCAAAACGCCUACAAAGAAGUUAAAGAUGAUCCUUUCACAGUCGUUUUACACCGCCGCAGACUUCCUACAACAUUAGUUGAAGACUCCGAAAAGGAACGAAAGGCAAGUUUACUUCAAGCAGAAUCAUUCGCAAGUACAUUCGGAAAGAAAGCACAGCGCCACAAACCACAAUUAACAGCAUUCGACUUGAAAUCACUUGUUGCUGAAGCUCAUCAGCAGGAAGUCGACUUCCACAGCGUUAAAGUUACAAAACAACAGAAAGAAAUUGACGAAAUGGACACAGGUGAUGUCGAUAUGGGCCAAACCAAGCGUGUUAUGGGUGAAGUUCUUAAAGUUAUCGACUCUUCCGAUGUCAUCGUUGAAGUUCUCGAUGCUCGUGAUCCAAUGGGCACAAGAUCAAAGCGUAUGGAAGAUUUCAUGGUCAAAGAAACACCCCACAAGCACCUUGUCUUCCUUAUCAACAAGUGCGACCUUGUUCCUAAGUGGGUUGUUGAGAAAGCUGUUAGAAGAUUACUUCGUGAGCGACCAACAAUUGCAUAUCGUGCUUCUACAACACUCUGCUUCGGUCUUGACCAACUUACAUCCCUUCUCAAGCAAUUCCAAGUCCUUCAUUCAGAUCAUGCCCAUACAUGCGUCGGAUUCGUCGGAUAUCCAAACGUCGGCAAGUCUUCUGUCAUCAACUCACUCAGAAGAGAAGAAGUUUGCCCUGUUGCUCCAAUUCCAGGUGAAACAAAGGUUUGGAGGUAUAUUACACUUACAAAGAAGAUCUACUUGAUCGACUGCCCAGGACACGUUUAUCCUGAUGACAUCAAUGAUGGCGAUAGAGUCCUCAGAGGUGUUACAAGAACAGAACGUAUCAAAGAGCCAGAACAUUACAUUGACUACUUACUUCAGAAAGUUAGACCACAAUACAUUCAGCGCACAUACAAUAUCGAGCCAUGGUCAUCAACAGACGAUUUAAUCAAUAAAGUCGCUAUCAGAUUCGGCAGACUUGGCAAGGGAGGUGUUCCUGAUACUCAUGCCGCUGCCAUUCGUAUUAUUACAGAUUUCCAACGCGGAAGAAUUCCUUGGUUCGUCGCGGUUAAUUCUACUGAAAAGAAUUUCCUCGCGCCGAAGAAGGCCGCUGUCAAAGUUUCUACUACAGAUAUCUCCAAGAUCCCUCUCGCACUAGAUUUCAACGAGGAGGACCUCAACGGAGAAACCGUCUCCAAGGAAGACGAGGAGAAGGCAAAGCAACUCGAUGAGGAGGCUAAAGCUAUUAUUGGAGAAGAACCUGAUAUUCCUAUCCCUGAAAAUGAUGAAUAA